UAAAAGCGGCUUGUCGGACGUUUUUUUUCCGUUGCAGUGCUGCAAUAUUGCUAGCAGUGCAUCUUAAACCGAACGAAUUAUUUCGAUUUGCCGGACAAAUGUGAGAAAGUGGAGAGAAGCGGGAUUGGGUAUUCGAUCGCGUGGUACCGGCGGUCAAAUAAAUAAAAAAAAACGUAAAAAUCAAGCCGCCAAUAGCGGCUGUCAGAAUCUAGCAGACGACCCUCGUAUCAUUUUCGCGUGUAAAUGCGAAAUACACUUUUCUCAAGCGUUUUCAGUGUGCAUUAUACUACCUGUUUUUUUUUUCAUCUUUUUUUCUCGAACAAGUCAAACAUUGAGCCAGGUUUCAAGUCGACAAUACCUGCACACGUCACGUUAAUUAGAAUUGGAAAUGUUGGUCGACGUUGGACUUUGUUUUGCCGUUACUAGUGCGUAUUUGGGCGCUGGCUGAUGAGAGUGAAUGUUUGUAUUGUCCGUGAAAACUAGAGACUGAAACGAUUUACGAACGGUACAAAUGAGAAUUGAACGUUCCGGUACGAAGUUGAGUUAGGCACCUAACAACGACGACGCAUCUCUAUAGUGUGUCAAAAACGACGCUAAAGAUAUGGAACGAAAGUCCGAAUUCGUUGAUCUCCUCGUCGAUAGACGCCGGGAAUCUGAUCUUUUAUGGAUUUCACGACCCAUGGAGCCCCUUGCUCCCCAUUCUUUACCACCUGAAGAAAAAUACUCCAGGGCACGAGCCAUAGAAGAAGCACUUUUAACUCCCAGGGUUGUUCUCACCAUUGAAACUCUCGCCGCUGCCAGAAAUGUCGACAAAUCUGUCGUUCAGCGAGAAGCACAUGAUAUGUUGGAAGAAAUGGCCAGCAAAGCGCAUCUUCCGACUGUGCGCUGGAUAGGUCUACUCGUAGUAAAAGUCUUGAAGAGAAUUCUCUUGAGCUUUCGGGUGAAUCAAAAAUUCAUAAUGGAACUGAGAUCGCAAAUGUGUGAUUCGAAAGUGCAGUACGUCUAUGCUCUAACUCACAGAAGUUAUUUGGAUUUUGUGCUCAUGUCAUACAUUUUGUUCUCGCACGACAUGGCCUUGCCUAACAUAGCGAGUGGCAUGGAUUUUUAUCGUAUGCAAAUAGUUGGAGAAUUAUUGAGAAAAACUGGUGCUUUCUACAUGCGCCGCAGUUUUUCAACCGAUCUUUUAUACAAAGAGAUAUUUCGGGCCUACAUUGCUUCCUUAGUGGCCCACAGCGACAGGGCCAUAGAAUUUUUUAUCGAGGGAACCAGGAGCAGAAGCCAAAAAAGUCUUGCGCCCAAAUAUGGACUUUUGGCAAUGAUUCUGGAAGGCCUCUUCCAAGGCGAUGUACCAGAUAUACAUUUUGUACCGAUGAGUAUAACCUACGACCGGCCACUCGAAGAAUUAUUGUUCGCUUACGAGUUGCUGGGUGAACCAAAACCAGCAGAAACGACGACAGGACUUUUCCGUUCUUUGUCAGUACUGCGAGAACCGCAGGCCCAUGGCCAUGUGUAUUUCAACAUAGCACCACCGAUUUCUGCUCGCGAAUACGUUAAUUCGUCAAUACGCAAAAUGGUUGCACUUUCCCCCAACGCUAAACUACCUCCCGAGGUAGUGACGAAACUUGCAUUCGAGAUUAUCAAUAAACACAAGGAGAAUACCAUCUUUACUCCAUUUAAUCUGAUAGCGGUGCUUUACAACGAGAGAGUACAGUCGUAUCCGGACGAUCCGUACACUAUCGAUUCGCUCGUGAAGGAUUAUUGCUGGCUACGAGAUAUUAUGACUGAUUCGUUGGGAGCAACGGUUUCACCGAAAGCUCAAAAUGCCGAUGAGAACUUCAAAUCCGAGAGUGACGAAAUAAUCGAAUCUUUGAACGUUCACAAGGACCUCUUGGGUUUUGACGCGAAAACAUAUUUGGUUCUCAAGGACAGACAUCGCGAAACCCACUCCAACAAAAACCGCAGUGUCAAAGGUCAUCUUUUGGAGAAUCGAACUAUGAGAAUAAGUCUGCCUGCUGUUAAUCUUGCGAUUUACGUAAAUCCUACUUUUGCCGUGUUCGCGAAACCUUCCAUGUGCAUUCUCGCCAUUCACCGAGCCGGCAUUACAAGGGAUAAUGCGCUUCAGCAAUAUUUUUUCCUGAGAAAUUUACUCAGCACGGAAUUCGCUAUACCGUUGGACGUCAACUGGUUCGACGUUGAGGCUGAAUUCGACAAUAGCAUAUCUUUCUUGAUAAAGGAAAAUUGUUUACGUCUGGAAAACGACUGUUUUAUGCCCGGUACAAAUUCGAAAUUGUACCAACUUUUGCGCAAUCUCAUGACACCGUUCGGUGUCGCUGCGUACAUCGUUUGUACAGUUUUGUCACAAUGGGAUGAUACGAGUAUGGGCGAGAGAACGGAAAAGCCAAUACUGAAGGAAUCUCAGAAACGAGUGGAAAAGCUGUUGUUCGAGGAGGAUAAUAUGGUGCAGCAUCCUUACACAUUAUCAUUGGAUCUCUACCAAACAACGUUGGCCAGUUUAGUAGCGAACGGUGCGAUAAGUUCGUUAGGAAAGUCUUCAAUCUACGAAAUAAAUAAUGAUAAAUUAUCAAAGAUAAUAAUCGAUUUGGAGAGAAUACUGAUCCAUCGUUCUCGCGGAUCAUAUUUGAACGUAGUUUUGCAAUUUUCCCAGAACACGGACAAUAAUUUGCAAGCAAAGCUGUGAAAGCAUUUCUUCGUACAGUAAUUCCAAAACAAAUAUAACAAUACCAAGCUAAACAUUUGCCAAUAGGAAGAAAAAAAAAAGGAAAAACCAAAAUUGGGCUCUCAUUAUUGACUUCGAAAUCGAUCGCAAUGUCUGCAUGGAAAGAUUCAAAGAUUUUUUAGAGAUUUUACAAGGCGUUCGGAUGAGUUGAGACUCUGCAGAUCGCUUUUUGUUUAAACUUUCUAUCGAAGACUGUUGAAUACGUUGCUGUUCCAAGAGCAAUGUUCAAAUAUAAUGAGUUUUUUUUUACGCUCACAGUUCACAUGUUCAUAACGACUUUGUUUUAUGUAUUUCAUGAGAAAUUCAAAAUCAUGUAAAAUCGUCUCUCUGAAUAAAUAUAUUUUGAUCGUUCGUAA